UAAGAAGCACAGUUUACAGUAAAACAGACUCUAAUAAUUUAACCCCCUUUACCUACAAUGAGGAUGAGAAGCUAGAAGCGGGAUUUGAGGAGAUUCUUUUGCGCAAUGUGGUACUACAGUACUUAUCAGCCAUGAAGGUGGUUUAUGUGAAGUACUCAGAGUUGUGCUGCAAGACCAAGCCAACAUUUCCGACAGUUCUGAUGAGGCUGAUGUUCUGGCAACUGCUGAUAGACUGUAACCUUCACUCUAGAGGACUGUCUUUGGCUGAUUUUGAUAUUCUUAUUGCAAAUAACAAGGCCUCCCUAGUCAAUGCAGUCCAUUACCCAUUCGAAAGAUUACAGUUUUGGCAGUUUUUGCAUUGCAUUAUAGAAGUAUCAUGGGAGCUGUAUGGGAAACGAAGGAAUGGUACACCAAACAUCCAGGGUUAUCUGGCAGCCGGAUUGCACAAACUUAUUACUUCGGACAUUUUGCCUAAUGCUGGCCGCCAUAGAGGUCAAGUUCUAUUUAAAAAAAGAAACUUGUUGAGCCUGGACGCCCUGUAUUGGUACUAUAAAGGACUUGGAGAACCCCUUUCAGCAAGGAAUUUCUUAAAGUGUGCAUUUGCUCCUUUGGACAAAAACGGAUAUAAAAAAGCCCAUUCCCAAUUAUCCCGAACAUCUUCUACAUG